CUCGUAAAUAUCACGAGUGACGAGACCUCAGCUCAGAUUCUACGAGUGAUGGUUAAAAUAAAACGACACGCCGUAUAAUAGCAUCCAACAGACUGUAGAAAAAGAACGGCGAAGGCUGGAGUAGUGGGAUUCGCAGCCAGACAAUGAUAAAAAUAAAAUAGUCGAAACUCCAAAAACUUCUCAUUCUCAAAACCCCCAAAAUUGUGUAACUUUUCAAAACCCUGAUUCUUUCCUUCCUUCCUUCCUUCCUUAAAACCAGCACCAGCCAUGGACGACAGCUUCAAAGUCCGAGUUGAUAAAAUCUUCGGCUCUCUAGCUUCUUCUUCUUCUUCUUCUUCAGCAUCAGCUUCAACCCCAACAGCCACAACUCCAUCUUCGUCUCUGUGGUCUCUCACAGACGACGAAAUCGAAAGGAAAGAAUGGGUCAGAGACAAGACCAUUUCCGAACCCGACUCCCAUUCCUUAUUGACAAACCAUGAUCACAAGCAGCAGGAAAAUCGUUUGGUGGAUUUGAGUUUGAAGGAUGAGCUGGUGAAGGACCUCGAUGACCUUGACGACGACGACAACGACAACGACAACGAACCCGGUUCACUCGCCUCCAUUAAACCGGAAGACUUUAACGACGAAGAGUGGCAAAUUAAGUGCUCUAUUGGCCAAGACUGUACUUUGGAUUACGAGGAAGAGGAAGAUGAAUAUGACAAACUGGCUGUUAAUAGUGAAAAGCCUGAGGAACGGUUGUAUAUGAAGGAUAUAAAUGAUUAUGGUAUAGCUAUAGAUUCUAAUUAUGAGCUACCUGAUUCGAUUGAGGAAGUUGAGAGAGACCCACGUGCGAAUCACUUUGCUGCGAAAAUUAGGCUCAAAGAAGAUGCCGAAGCAGCUCAACAAAUUGAUUCUUUGCGAGUCUCUGAGAAAGAUGCACCGGCGAGAGAGGAUGAAAGUAACAUGUCUGAGGAUGGUGUUAAACUGAAAUCUAUUCUGAAGAGAAAGGAUGGUCCAUCGGAUUCCAAGUCAGACAAACGUGUCCGGUUUGAAACUGAAUGUAAAGAUAAUUGUGGUGGAGGUUCUGAAGGAGACAAUGAUGUCCCAAUGGAUACCGGUUUUGUGGAUAAUGCUAUGGUUUUAAAUCAGGCUAACUUUUCUUCUGCAGUUCCGGAUUAUAUACGGAAUCCUUCAAAAUAUACACAUUACACCUUUGAUUCAUCUAGCGACAUGGACGAGGAAUCUAACAAGCAAGCCUAUAUGGACUUUUUAAAGCUGCUGAAUAGGUCAAAUGAUAUGGCCUCACAGCAACAGGAUGCUUCCAAUGAUCUUCCAUCAGUCACCUUUAUACCAAAAAGGAAAACAGGUGAUACUAUAAUGGUAGACAAUGCUACUGUCUCAAAGCAAAACAGGGAUGAUUUGGGCAAGGAAUUUAUGCGUAGGAGAGGCUUGCCUGUUAGAAUUGCAGCUUGGGCCAUGGAAGACAAUGAAGUUUGUGCAAUGGAGGAAGAUGAAAUGAAACCAUUAGAAGAUGGAAGUAACAGCUCACAGAGACCGGGCCGAAAGUAUAGGAUGAAGUCCAAAGUAGAGUCGGACGAGUCUAUUGCUUGAUUACCCGAUGAACCCCAGCAUCUUGUAAGGCACACUAUGCUAGCUUCUCCUUUUCUGUUGAAUCUUGAUUCUUGACUUCUUUUUAUCUGUAUGUACUUGCACUUCUACCUGAUUUUUUUCCUAGUGUACUAUUGAAAAAGCAUUAAGGAAAAACUGAAGUUAGUCGGACCACUGCACUGUGAAUAUGCAUUGUGCUUCGGCUGUCCACUCAAUCACCUAGUCAAUGUGAAUUUUUGUGUGCAUGCAUGAUGCACCUGCAAAUUGUAAAUUGUAUUUGAGCCCGUU